UAGAGUACAGUCUCAAACAAUAAGAAUGAGAAGAAGCUUCAGUGAAGGAGGGACGGAGUGAAAAUGUCACUCCAUGAAUGAUACAAUAAAGGAUGUGUAUUCCGAAUGACAAGUAACAAAAGAUAAAGGAAAAUUUUUGGUAACAGUAAAAGUAAUUUUUUCAAAAAGAAAAAAACUUUGAGAAAAGGCGAAUCAUAAUGAAGUAUUAUUGUAACUGUUUCGUUCGAUGUCAACAAAUUUCUUGAAAAAAAUGACGGUGGAGAUUUUGGAUGUGGAUCAUCUGGCCGUGAGUGCGAUUGUAACUGUAGCAAUGCAGUUAAUUUUUUUCACAAUUGCGGCCACCUUCCAAAUGGAUAAAGUUACCGAUUUCGCCGGCGGUACUAACUUUAUUAUUCUAGCACUAUUAACAUUCUUUCUUGGUCAAAGUGGCAAGGCAUACGACAGCCGACAACUUAUGGUAACUGUCUUCGUUUGUCUUUGGGGCGUACGGCUUUCCGCUUAUCUUCUUUAUAGAAUUAUAAAAAUUGGUCGAGACAAGAGGUUUGAUGAUCGCCGCAGCAAUGUAAUUCGAUUUGCUAUUUUUUGGACUUUCCAGGCAAUUUGGGUAUACGUUGUCAGUUUACCGGUAAUAAUGAUAAAUUCUCCACGACAUAAAAUUCCGCUGACGCCUAAAACCAUGACGACACUUGAUAGUGCUGGCACUGGAUUGUUUGUUAUUGGCUUAUUAGCUGAAACGUACGCCGAUCUACAGAAAUUUUCAUUCAGACAAGAUCCCGUAAAUAAUGGAAAGUGGUGCAAUGACGGUUUGUGGAGACUUUCCAGGCAUCCCAAUUAUUUUGGCGAGAUUGUUGUUUGGUGGGGUAUCUUCAUAAUAUCCUUGAAUGUAAUUGAAGGCAUAGAAUGGAUUGUUAUUGCCUCUCCUAUAUUUACAACACUCAUUAUUCUAUUCUUAUCAGGAAUGCCUCUUCUUGAAAAAGCUGCUGACGAACGUUAUAGAGAUAAUCCGGAUUACAGAUUCUACAAACAGUCCACGUCACCUCUAAUUCCUAUUCCACCUUCAAUCUACGUAGAGGUACCGAGGUUCCUGAAAUUUAUUCUUUGCUGCGAAUUUCCGCUUUACGAUUCAAUGGAUGUAAAACCUCGCGCUGCUGUGACUGAAUCAACGUCUAUUAGCCUCGCAGCAUCCACGUAGCUAUAAUUGUACGCCAGAAAGUCUUCGUCGGUUUUUGGCGUACAAUUCACCAGCGUAGCUCUUUGAUCUUUUAAAUAUUAGAUUGCAAUUUCGUUAUGUUUAAGGACAAAAUUAUUACCGUGUCAUGUUAAAGAAAGUUGCAUAGAUAUUAAAUCCCUAAAAAAAUGGAUUUUCAGGCCCUCAAAUAGAAUGGUAUAUUAUAGUAGAAUGUUAUAAAAUUUUUGGAAUAUUGUUGAAGAAUGAUUUCUUUUUCACGCUUCCAUGUAUAAGUAGGAGAUGGGUUACUUUUUUGCGUGAAUUUGCGUCAUACAUAUGUAGGUUUGCACCGAAGUAAACUUGAAUGAGCGUUUCGACGCAGUGCCAUUUUUCGGACAAAGAAAAAAGCUGAAAAUAAAUGUUUUAAAUAUAUCUGUCAAACUUCUUCCUCGCGUUAUACUAUACAUGUGUAAAGAAAUUACUUCCUUAGGCGGGUCACCUAAAUGUGUAUGCGCCAAAAUUACAACAAUUAUUUUUAACAAACUAACUAAACAAAUUUGUUUAUAAUGGAAUCUAGGGAGAAGCAAUGAUAAUUUAGGUUUAGUUUUUCUGUUUAUAAAUAAAGAAAAACUAACCCGAAGUAGCAAGUGUCUUGAAAAUGAGUGAGGAUGCAAAGCAUUAAAUUUAAAUUAAGCGAGUGACGAAUAACAUAUAGUAAAUUUUGCGUUUUUUCUACAAUUAUUACGGGUAAUAUCUUCUUUUUUUUAAAGAUUAUUACUGCAGUGACUGUAAGAAUUUGUUUCUAUUACAGGUUGUUAAGUUGGAAAUUGUCAUAAAACAUUGAUCACCAACUUUUGGGCAUGUGAUAUUUCGUCCUGUGGUAAAUCGGGUUGCUAGUGCACUAUUCUGAGGAUAGGAUCGUUUUUCAGCUCUCUGUCAUUCCGAUAAUUUAGGUCUCUGUCGUGUUGUUGCUGUCGGUAGCACUUAAGAAUAAUUAUAGUAUGAUAAACUAUCUUAAUAGCCUAGCUGGUAAUGUCGAUAUAUACGUUUUAAAAUUUUCGAAACAGUUUUAUUCUUUUUUUUAUAUCUUGUGUGCACACACAACUUUAUCUACAAGAUAACACACCUAGCAUAUCCUGUUUAAACAAUUGUUUUAGUUUUGUGGCUCUUUUUCUCAAAAAUUGGAAACAAUCAGCGUCCCAGUAAUAUUCUAAAGUAGUAGAUUUAUAUUUGUAUAAAAAGUGUCAUUGUUGUAAACAAAUUGCAUAAACAAGUUCGUCAUUUGUACCAUUUUUUAAGGUCUGAGGUACUUUUUUUGGAAAUUUGUUUUAUUUGAUUUGCCAGUGAUGUUCCGGACUUUAUGAAAAAUGUGAUUGUUGUAAACAAAUGGCAUAAAAAAAUUUACUACUUGUGCAGUUUUGUGCAGUUUCAGGCAAUUAAAAAAAAUGUUGUUUCGUUUGGUUUGGUUUGCCAAUCAUAUUCC